AUGCCAGGCAAAAUAAAAGUGAAGGUACUAGCUGGCAGGAACUUGCCCGUGAUGGACAGAGCUGGUGACACCACGGACGCCUUUGUUGAGAUCAAAUUCGGUGGUAUUACACACAAGACUGAUGUCUGCAGGAAGUCUCUUAACCCUCAGUGGAACAGCACUGAAUGGUAUAGAUUUGAGGUGGACGAAUCGGAACUCCAAGAUGAGCCUCUACAACUUCGACUAAUGGACCAUGACACAUAUUCAGCAAAUGAUGCCAUUGGAAAGGUUGUUAUUAGCCUCUCACCACUCCUAGCUAGGGAGGCGAAUAAUACAAAGGGGACCGCUGCUCCUCCAGGGGGUGCAGUGAUGUCCGGAUGGAUUCCCGUGUUUGACACUAUGCACGGCAUCCGGGGCGAACUGAACGUCAUAGUGAAAGUGGAGUUGUUCUCGGACUUCAACAAGUACAAGACGUCCAGUUGUGGAGUCCAGUUCUUCCACUGUCCAAUGAUUCCCCCCGGCUACCGGGCGAGUUCUAUCCACGGAUUCGUUGAAGAGUUGGUGGUGAACGACGACCCUGAGUACCAGUGGAUAGACAAGAUCAGAACGCCGCGGGCAUCAAACGAGGCGAGACAAGUCGCCUUUAUCAAACUCAGCAACCAGGUACAGCGUCUAGUCGGUCUGAAGGCGGCGGAAUUGGGCGCUAAUGCCGUGGUGGGAUACCAACAAGACUUCGAUUUAGAAGGGGAAGCGGGCGUUGUAGCUAGAGCCGUUGGUACUGCGGUCAGCAUCACGCCUUUGCCGCUACCCAUCCAACCGUCAAGCGUCCCACCGUGCACACAGCAGUGCGAACGGGACAGAGAUAAGGGAGAGAAGGAAAAGGGGUCGCCACGUCACGCGCGCCACGAGUCGUACGGUAGUCGUGAGCCAGUAGUGACAUCACAUGCGCAAAACUCGUCAUUGAAUGCAUCGUCUACUCCGAUGGGAAUACAUCGGAGAUCUUCGGAUUCUGAUCUCAGUGUGACGCCAAAGGGUAGCUCUCUAAAUGCACCAGCUGUAAACACAGGAAGCGGCGGCGGCGCCAUUUUGCGCCCCUCGAUGAACAGUAACAAUUUGGAAAUGUUAGAAUAUCCGUUCUUAACCAUGACCGAGUAUCCGCCAGGAUUUAUCGUUCAUAUCGGCGGCACGGUGUGCGCGCGCUCCGUGAAGCUGGUGGACGGCGGCGGGGGCGUGGGCGCGGCGGGCGCGGGGGGCGGGGAGCGCGCCGCGUGGUGGGCGGAGCUGCGCACGGAGCUGCGGGCGCACGCGCGCGCGCUGCGCUGCAACGCCGUCAUCGCGUACACGGACACCGCCGCCAUAUGUGAGGACGUUUGCGUGUUAUCCGCGUCGGGAACUGCGGCUGUUAUCAAUUUGGACUGCGAUUUCAAUGCUGAAAUUGAUGCUGCUAUUUCAGUGAGCAAUGGCACAAAAAGUACUAUAGAAGAAAUGGAAAUGGACUCAUGCUCAGUUGCGCACGUCCCGUACUCCCCUGGUGCGGGCCCUUACAGGGCCGAACUCUCCACCUGCGGGGGAUGUAGACGUGCCCGUGUUCCCGCCGUACUGUUAGCGACAUGUUCCAAACCGAACAGACUUUUGUCCUAUCCUAAAGCAGUCACGCUCACCGCUGUUGCGGCUCGCACUCGUCGCGCACCUCCCGCGGCUGAACCCGGCGCCAGGGAUAUAUCCGAUCAGUUACCGUUCUUGGAAUACGAACUACACAAACUACUGUUGGCCAAACUAAGGAUGCAGGGUGCAAACGCGUUAUUUAAUCUACAAACUCAAAUAACUAUCGGUGAACGAUGCGUGAUGGCACUCGCUAGUGGCACUGCCGUGAGACUUACUGCGCUGCCGCCGCCGGCACCGCCAAGGAUCAAAGCUACAGAAAAUGAAAAAGAGGCUUUAGAAAUACAAAAAGCUCUAUGGGACUCCUUUACUGCUAAUAAAAUUGCCAACGGAUAUGAUGUAGGUGGGCCUGAACACACUAAUGGCACCCUUCCAGAAGUAGAAGGAGAGGAUCCUCCAGCCUUAGACUUAUGUGCCGAUAAAGACGCUUGUGUCUUAGAACUGGAUGAGGCUGAAGAUGUGGAAACAGCUCGCACACUCGCAACGCGUCGUUUACAUACUCGUUUGCAAGUAUUCACCAAUGCUCUAAAGCCGCUAAAGGGUGCGCCGCCGUAUGCCUUCACUCAGGUGUGGCGGGGGAAAAUCGGUGGCGGGGGCGGUGGUGCGGGGGGCGUGCGGGGCGCGGGGGAGCGGCACGUGGCGCGCGCGCUGGACGCGCUGGCGUACAAGCUGCGGCGGCUGCAGCCCGCCGCGCUGCUGGCCGCCACCUUCCGGCUCGACCUGCCCGACGUACGUCCAACACAACAUUAGAUUAUAAUUCUCCACUUACGUUCCCAUACAAAGACGCCCUAGCUUGAUUUUAUUCGUUUUUAAUCAC